GGAAAGAUGCAGGGCAAUAUGCUUUUGGAGCUCAGCUAUAAGGGGAAGGCCUACACUCAGGGCUAUAAAUCCCCCUUCGACAAGGGAGAAGGGAAUGAUCCUUCCACUCUCUUGAAUGAUCUCCAGCAUGCCGAGCACCGUGAGUUCGCUCCGACUUGUUCUGAUGUUGGUUUCAGAAUCCCUGAGGACACUGAUCCCAGGAGCAAGAAGCCUAAGCAGGAUGACCCGGACUACGCUGCCAAACUCAUGCUACACAAUGCUUUCUGCUCGGAAAGGGAUGCCUACGGGCAAGAUUUCUUCAGCUACGUCCAGAAACAUUGGAAGAACCUCGAGGAGCCUUGGAAUGCGUCACUGGUCCUUGCAGCGCUGGACAAGCAGUUUCGAACGAUGGGUAUUGAUGAGCUCUACACACGACCUUUCGAUGACAUCGUCGUGGAGGAGUUUAUCUCUAAUCUCCCUGGACCUACCAUCGCGGAAGUGGACGAGCCCAUGGAACAAGCUGGCGGCUCUGCUGAAGCUGCACCAGCGGACUCUCCCUCUGGAGAGAUGGCUGGUGAGGCAAAACAAGAGUCUGAUUCCGGUGCACCAAUGGAGACCAACGCACCAGAAGGCUCUCCCUCUGGAGAGGUAUCUGGUGUAAAGGUCGAGGAGCCUGAACGUACUUGGUUCCCGCCUACGGCAGCUCCAGAUGAUGUGCGCAUGGAAGAAGCCAGUGAGUCAGGCGACCACGAACCGGGAAGCUCUCCCUCUGGAGAGGUACCCAUGCCUGAUAUGAACUUCUCCGCAGAAGCCUCCAACAAUCACGACAACCUCUAUGAACAGGGCAUCUGGGGGAAGACAAAGACACGCGUGGAGCCUGGGGCUUACGAGGCAGAGGCCAAGGCCACAGCCGAUGCGGAGGAAAAGAAUGAGCAAGCUUUUGAGCAGUACGCGGGUGAGAAGGAGAAAGAAGGCCUUGCCGAUACUCCUGACUUCAUGAAUUUCCAUGAAGCUUAUCACCUGACGGAAAGGAUGAGCCCGCUCAU